GCUUGAAAGCAGACUGCCUCAACAAGCCUUUGGCGCAGCGUUGCCGCGACCUGGAGACCGUGGUCGAGGACUUUCCCGCCAAGGAGCUGCAUCCGGUUUUUCCGUGGCUGGUGGAGAAUAUUUUUGGGAGCCCAGAUGGUGUCCUCGCGGGGUGGAACCUGCGCGCUUUGCACGGGCGCAACAACCCCGCGGAGUACGACGCUGCCCUCGACUUCCUUGACCCCGGAGGUCCGAUGAUGAAGAUGGUCUACAAGCUCCAAGCUGAGGAUUACCGCUACGACUUCCCCGUCUCCUUCCUUCCGGCGCCGGUGAAAGCGUCGAUCCAGGACCGGAUCCUUCCAGAAUGUUCUCUGUACCACAACAAGGUCCGCUCCACUCCAUCAGGAGGACUAGGCCUCAACCUGGCCCUCAAUCCGUAUGAAUAUUACAUGUUCUACUUCGCCCUCAGCCUCGUCGCGCAGAAGAGUGCCCAUCCGGCGGCGUAUGGCACCACCAUGUCGAACAGUGCCUACUUCAUCCUUGUCGACCGCUAUCUUAGCUGGUUCCUUCCCACGGAAGGGAGCGUCGUCCCGCCGCCGUUUUCCGAAUCUGGUGCCACAGUCCCAUCCCCAGCUCCCCGAUCCCCCACGGUGACUUUCGCGUCAUACGGGACGCACCCCACCAGCCUCCUGAAGCGUCACGUCGCGCACCAGACUUCCGUAAACGCCGACCCAGCAUCCCAGGAGAUAUGGAGGUCAGAGACGCUGCUUCAGGUCUUUGUGGAGAUGUGGCUCCAUCAUUAUUCUCUGGAGAUGUACCAGAAGAUGCAGUCGCCUCACAUCAAGAUGGAAGUCCUCCAUUACCGACUUUCUUCCGGAGCUUCUUCUCUCCAUCCGUCGUUCCGCACAUAUCAAGAGCCAUUCAAGCCGACGGAGGAACACGUCCUGGUGAUCCGGCUCCUGGUGAAACGCUUGCACGCCUUCAGCAACAGCCUCAAGACCGAGGCAGCCACCUCGCCCUCCGGACAUUCGCACGCGACUACAGCGACCACGACGACGCCCGGGCCGAUGGAGGAGUUCAAGCGGGUCGCGAUCCCGCGCUUCGUCCAGCAGAAGCUCUACGUCUUCCUCCAGCACUGUUUCGGACAUUGGCCUCUGGACGCCUCCUUCAGGGUCGUCCUGGAGAUGUGGCUGAGCUACCUGCAGCCCUGGCGUUACGUGCCUGAAAAAACCGCGCAUGGUGCCGAACAUAUCCCUUGCGGCGUCGCGGAAAAGUGGGCUCCCUUUGUCCAGGACAACCUGUUGAUGUACACCAAGCUCUUCGUCCACUUCUUGACCAGAGCCCUCCGGACCGACCUGGUCAGCCCCAAGAAUGCCCUGAUGGUCUUCCGAGUGGCCAAAGUCUUUGCUCAGGCCGAUUUGUCCGAGGCCAUCCAGAAGGGAGAGCGACUAUUCUUGGAGACGGACUUGAACAUACCGUCACCGCCACGCCAACACCGCCAUUUCUUGACUGCCACGCCGUCCACUUUGGGGGGCAGCUACCUCUCCAGCCGGACGCCAACGCUGACCGACGCGUCCUUCAAAGUCAAGAGCCACGUAUACGGCCUUGAAGGGCAGGACGUCCACUACAAGCAGAUGUUCGGUCCGGAUGUCCGGACCCUGGUCCUGCGUCUCGUCCAGAUGAUGGUCCAGGCCCAGCAAAGGGCCAAAGCACUCUCGGAUCAGGCCUCGGAGGCGCUGACCGGUCAGUCCUACUUCUCCUGGCUCUGUCUCGGACCCUCAGACACCGCCAACGGCUCCUACGCCGGAAACGACGCAGAAGACAGUGGCGGCCAAGAUGGUGUCCGGAAGACGGAGGAGUAUUUGGAGAAGGCACUAGUGUUCCUCUGCCAGAUAUUUCGGCUUAACGAAGCACAGCUCAACCAGCUGAUGAUGAACCGGAAUUCGGUGCCGGACGAAAACGCCAAAAAGCAGCUCCCGGAUUGCGCUGAAACGGAUGACGGUCUGGUCCUGACGCCAUUGGGCCGUUACCAGAUCAUCAACGGACUGCGCAGUUUCGAGGUGGACUAUUAUCAUGGCGACCCGGAGCUCCAGCCAAUCCGGAGUUACGAAAAUGCCGCGCUCGUGAGGACGCUCUUCCGGAUCUCUAUGUCCUUCAAUGAACGCUUCGCAGGCAACAUGGAGGCCCUUUGCGCGCGGCGUGACUUCCUGGGCGCCUUUUCCCGUUACCACCUGACCGAUGCUAAAAUGGCGUCCAAGGUCCGGCGCAGCCCGCUGUCCAGGCGACAGCCGGAUUGGGCCGGGCGUCCAAGGAUCAGCCUGCGCUUUUUGGCAAGUUACCGCCUCCUCCUCUUUUUCGCGAUCGGCAGCUUCAUUGCGUCGCGAUUCGGCGUCGGCUCCGCAGUGUUCGUGUUCUUCCUCGCCCUCGGAUACCUCUGCUAUGCCUGCGCCGUGAUUUUCGUGGCCGAAAGGAGGAGACCGCACCGACCAUGAAAACUGCGCAAAACAGCGGCCAUUUUGUUAUCUUUUUGGAACGUUUAUAUAUAAAAUGUUUUCUUUUUUUAAUAAAACAAUAAAAAUUUAUUGUUAUUAA